AUGGCGAAGGCCAUAGAUCUCCCCGUGGCAGAGGUCCAGGAGGACGAGGACCCAGUAACAAACGUCAUUGGAGCGGAGGCUCCAGUACGGGUGGCCUUACCGUUCAUUCGGACAAUCCAGAAGAACGCCACCACACUCUGGCAGUCGCCGGCGUCCAUCCUUCCUACGGCCCGUGGGGUCGAGCGCAAGUGGCCUGAGGCCUCUCAGAAACAGCUGGAAACUGAGAAGCAGAAGAUUGUGGCUGAAUUUCAGCAACUGCGCCAGUUUCUGGAGGAACAAGAGCGACUCCUGCUGGCCCAGCUGGAAGAGCUGAAUAAGGAAAUUGAAAAGGGGAGGGCUGAGUAUGUUGCCAAACUAUCUGAGGAACUCUCCUCUUUCAGUUCCCUGAUCAGUGAGAUGGAGCAGAAGUGCCAGCAGCCAGCGAGUGAAUUCCUGCAGGACAUCAAAGGCACCUUGAGCAGUGAGCUCUAGCCGUGUGCUGGGCGUGGCAGGAGAUACGAUGGAAGAGACGUUCCCUGCUCUGAGGAGUUUAUAACGUGCUGUUAUCAGUAGCGCUAUGGCAGUGCCUGGAGGCUCAAGGCAAAACCAGGGUCCAACGUGCCGGGUGCUGCACAGACACAGACAGAGACAGUCCCUGCCCCAGGGAGGUUACAGUCUAAACAGACACAAGAGACACAGGGCGGAGGGAGGAAGGAUUAAAAUCAAUUGAAGGGAACAUUCAAUGGAGACAAAGUGCUGCACGUUGGGAGGAAAAAUCAAACGUACAACUAGGAAAUGGGGAGUCACUGGGGAGGCAGCAGGACUGCGGGAAAAGCUCUGGGGGUGGCAGUGGGUCACACAGUGAAGGAGGCGGCAGGGUGAUGCUCUUGUGAAAAAGGCAGAUGUCACUGUGGGAGGCUGUCCCAGGUUGCUGUAUUCACCGCAGGUGCUGCCCCCUCCUGGCUGCUCUGGGGAUUAGCUCUUCCAGGGCCAACCCCUCCCCUGGCGUCUCCCCCCCCCCCGUUGUCUCUCUCUCACUCUGCAGCCUCAU